AUGUUCCUUCUUUCUCUAUCACGACAUUCGGCACCUAGUUUCCUUUCCCUUCUAUUCACAUUUUCCGACUGUCUGCAUCGUCGUCUCCUCUGUUUGACGGAUGCAGAAAUUUGCGGUGUCAACUCAUCUGGUGGCCUUCAUCCCUUCUCUACAUCUAUCUCUCAGCCCACCCAACGGUUCUCAAAUUCCGUUUCAUCUUCCUUACCCAGCCAAGAUCCUCCUAGUUCUUCUAAAAUCGACCAGUCAUAUCCUUCAGCCUUGCCUAGUAUGUCCGCUGGACUCGCUGCUUCUGCUCAAGCGUCUGCCACCAAUGCAACGGCUUACAUUGGUGCUUCUAAUGUUACCUCGGCAUCAUCCAAUCUGACCUGUGGCUUUCAAGCCGCCGAGUUGCGCUGCCUCGGUGCUCGCUUGCGCGACCUAAUGCUCGGCUUGGUUGAAUUGGCACACCCCGAACAGAUAGCUGCUUUGGAAAUUUUUUCGCGAGGCAUUCCCAUCUCUCGUUAUGGGGGACAACGGAAAUUAUCACGGUUAAGACCACGGCCUAUUACCGACAUAAAACAGCCCGCUGUAAAGGAGACUACGUUGGGUGGGGCAGCUGAUGUAAAUGAUGAAGAAUAUUGGAAGGAGGAGGAGGGUGAAAAAGAUGGAGGGGAGUGGGCUGAGUCAGAUGUGAUGGCAAUGGAUUUAGGUCUGGAAGAAGAGAACGUUUCUUCGAAUAUUCAUGACCCUCAUAAUCUUAGAGCUAUUCUUCAGCGAGUUCAACAGAUUGCCGAAGUCUCAGAGACUCGUGGUGUAGCUGCAGCCGCUGCGUUGGGUUUUGCGGCAACUGGGUCUGGGAAGCAGGGUCAUUUUGGCUAUAUUAGUCGGAAUUCUUCAGCGGCUGUUGAUCUACGCAUUCAGCUUUACCGAUGGAGUGAGCUUUUUCGUCGAAUGCAGCGUCUUGUCGUUCAGAUCUACGACUGGGAUCGACGUUGUCGGCGACAACUUAUCUGGAUUUCAAAUGAAGAUGAAGCAGUUUCAAGACAGGCUUGCCUAUCAGAAGCCUAA